GCUCGUCGCUGUCAAAGCAACAGUCUGCGUUUGUUUUGGUUUGUUUAUUACGGAGUUUUCAGCGAUGCUCUGCUGCUAAUCGUACUUUUGCACACGGAAACAGGGAAAAUUAGGCACGCUACACAAUGAAUGUGAUACAAUCGAACAUCUCCACCACCAUAAGAAGCUUCAACAUUUCCGAUGAUAUCCGAAUAGAGGUGAAAAAGUUCCGCACCAAUGCAAGCAUCGACGAGGUGGACAUAGAGGACGACGAGGAUGAUAUUUCCGUUAUUCAGAAAAUUCAAAAAACCUUUGCUGAUCCGCACAGCACCACGUUCGAUCCGGCGACGCUGAAAUCGAUCAUCGCCCGGCUGGACGAGAUUGAGAAGCGGCUGGAAAAUGUGGUAUACAUGAACCAGCAGGCGGACGCACUCGAAGCAGCUGCGCGACAAACCGGCAUCGUUAGUAUACCUCCAACCGGCGGCGGUGUAAUUGUCGGCAGUACGGGUGACGAAGGAUUGGAGCUAAAGCUGGAACUUGACUCGGACAGUGAGCUGAUCGGUGAAUUCAUCGAGCAGGACGAGCUGAAACUGGUCGAGUUUCCGAUUAAUCGGAUCGAGGAGCUGAAAGAGCUGGAAGAGUCUAUCACAACAGAUCAGGAGUCGUUUGUUUCCCUUGUAAAUUUCAUCGGUAGCACCGUGCAAAAGUACAACCGGAAUUUGGAGCUGGUGUUGAAAGAUUUCAUCACGGAAGCGCUUAUCAAUGAGCUUGGCUACAGCACCACGAAGGAAUCGAUGCUAUCGUUCUACAUCUUCAAUCAGCUGCUUUACGAUAUCUGGAAAAAUGAGUACUCAACCAUCAACGACUACAACAACAAGCUGAAGAACAUCGUGACUAAAACACAAAACCGGUUUCUACGUAUGAACAAAAGCAAGAAAUAAAGUUAACCUAAUUUUUCUUUCGCUCGCCACUAAAUCGGACAACAAAUUCAAA